AGCCGAUGAGGCUCCAACCCGCCGCGUCUCCCAUGGACCGCCAAGGUGCCGGGGCUGCGACCUGGGCGCGCCCCGCUUGGAAGAGCCGGCUCGGGUUUCGUCGACGAUGCCCUCGCCUCCCGCCGUCGCGUCGUGCCCGCGCCCCCGCCGGCCUCCCGAAGAGCGCCCCGAUGGCGCCGGGCGCGGUGAGCAGCCUCGUGGAGCAUCUGGCCGAGGCCGAGCAGCUCCUCACGGCAGCAGCGGCAGCGGCUCUAACUCGGGGGCGACCAACGAGGAGAGAGACUCUGUGGUCGAGGAGAGGGACUCCGUGGUCGAGGCGACGGCAGCGGUGGACGUGCUGGAGCGCUCGAGCGCCGAUCGCUCGAGCAGCUUCGACACGAGGUCGGAAGUCGGCAGCGACGCGAGCAGGCUCCACGCGGCAGGGGCCGCGAGCUCGACCGACGCGGCCGCGGCGUCGCAGGAGGAGGACGAGCUGUUCCAGGUCGGACCGGGCACCGGGUCGCUGUCGCUAUGGCAGCGGCUGGAGGAUCGCGAAGAGGGAUAACAUGCUAUCUUCCGCGGAGAUCCAGCGGAUGGAGGCGGAUAACAUGCAAUCGUCCGCGGAGAUCCAGCGGAUGGAGGCGGCGAUGGAGUCGAUGACGCGCGAGGGCAAGAGCAGCGAGAUCGCGGAGAUGCAGCAGGAGCUCAUCGAGGCGCGGAUCUCUGCUGCCAAGAACAUGCUCAUCCAGAAGAACCAGCUCGGCAGGGAGAAGAAAGAGCUCGGCAGGGAGAACCAGACUCUGAAGAGGCAGCUCGAGGCGUCGGAGCUGCAGGGGGCCAAGGCCAAGAGCGAGGAGGAGAUAAUGCGGGUCAACAUCGUCAGCAUGCAGAAAACCUCGACGGUUUGGCGGAUCGCAAAUUUGAAGGCCAGGCCAGAUUCGAGCAGCAGCGAGGACGACAAGGA